GUAUAGUACAGUUCACUCAACUAGUCCGUGAGACGGAGAGUCUUGACGCUGAAGUGUCUCGCCUACACAACCAGAUCCGCAGCCACUACCUGCCACCGGUCUCCAUCAGUUCCACUGUGGACACGUCUUUGUAAUUUGAUGCAAAAUCAAUGAACAAUCCAAAAUGAAACGGAGAAGAAAUCUCUACGUGUUCACUGUGUGUGUGCUCGUGUUUCUAUACUACUUCUGUGGUGUUAGUGACUAUGUGUUCUCAAGAGAUUUUGACAGUGAAUUUGACUAUCCACUCAACACGGAUAUUCGGCCGAUUGUUGUCGAUAUAUUAGCUGGUUAUAAACCUAGCGUAACCCCUAUAAAUAUAUACCCAUAUAGGUUCCUUAGUAACUCUGGGAAAUGUAAUGCUGUGGAGAAGCUUGACCUGUUUAUAUUAGUCAAAUCUGCUAUGAAUCAUUUUCAACACAGGAAAGCUAUAAGACAGACGUAUGGCCAAGAGAGCUAUCUACCAGGGCGCAUCGUCAAAAUCCUAUUCUUUCUUGGAAUAAAUGACAUGAAAUCUCAAACGCAAAGGAUGAUAGAAAAAGAAAUAGACGAACAUAAUGACAUUAUACAGAUAGAUUUUCAUGAUAAUUAUUAUAACAAUACUUUUAAGACUAUGAUGUCUUUUCGAUGGGCGUACGAACAUUGCUCCACGGCAGAUUAUUAUUUAUUCACAGACGACGAUAUGUAUAUAUCUGUUAGCAAUCUUUUGAACUAUGUAUCAGAGCAGCCUCCAACAGGAUUGAGCACGACUUUUUAUGGAAACGAAAGAGACAGACUACUUUUCGCCGGUUACGUGUUUAAAUCCGCGCCGCAUAGAUAUAUAACUAGUAAAUGGAGAGUAUCUAUAGAUGAAUAUCCAUGGAAUCGUUGGCCGCCUUAUGUCACGGCGGGCGCUUACGUCCUAUCUAAUAAGGCUAUUAAAAUAAUGUACAUAGGGAGUUUAUAUGUAAAACAUUUCAGAUUUGAUGAUAUUUAUUUGGGUAUAGUCGCGAAGAAGGUUGGCAUAGAGCCGACCCAUUGUCCACAUUUCUAUUUUUACAAGAAGAAGUAUAGUAAAGAGGACUACAGUGAAGUGAUAGCCUCUCAUGGAUACAGUGAUCACAGUGAGUUGGUGCGGGUGUGGAACGAACAGAAUAGGAUUAUUUGAUGGUUGUUUGAUUGCAAUGCAGCGUGACAUUAGUGAAUUUAUUAUAGUGUUGGUUUAAGAGUCCUUAGUGAAUAAUUAUAAGUAUAAUAAUUUUAUUUUCACCACACCAGCUCGGAAAGGCUAACUUUGCACAAAGACAUAUGUAACUUCGUAUAAGACGAAUAAAUAAAGUCUAAGGAAAAAAUGUGCCUCGGAAAUCAAGAAAAAGUCAUUCUCGGAUAGAUGCCGCACACAUAAGGAAUGCAAAUCGGUUAUUUAGAGGUCCGAGCCUCUGCUUGACCCACCUUGAGAUUACGAUCGGCUUUUCCCCAAGUAAAUCGUUCUACAAACUCCCUAUAACCUACUUACAGCCACCUUAAGUGGCAACACUGGCGUGACGUCACUACCGGAACAGGCACCAACGCGAGCCGGCUAGCUGCUUGGUCAGUACGCUUUGACUUUUCCCCCAAGUAACGACGUGUGUUCGUUCGCAAAGCGAAUAUAAAAGUGAACUAUCUACGUUUAGUUCUACAAGUGUAAGACUAAGGUAAGUCUAUUUCCCUUUCUUUUAGCAACCUACGAGUUAAUUUUAUUGAUGCUCCGGACGGCUUACCGCCUCUGAGAGCCAUCAAAUCACAUUACGUUAUUAGACGUAUGCGAGCAGCGUGUAUCACAUCACCUGCUCCUGCUUUUUGAGUAAACGUGCUUUAUACGCACUACAAAAGCAAAAACCCGGAACGAAAGGGAUCGUAUAUCCCUAUAUCUGACCCGUCGUCUCAAUUAGGAUUGUUCAUUUUUUUUCAAAUGUUCUAUUUCGAUAACCAUUUCGAGAUAUAAGGUUUUUAAACAGUUUCCGACAUUUGCUGCGAUAUAAUAAUUGAGGAUUGAAGAUAUUUCAACAAAUAUCCUUAUGACCUUAGUUUGACCUUCUCCUGGGCUGAAUGUAAAGUCAUUGCAUAAUAAAAGUUAUCGAACCAUAGUAAAUAAAUCCGUCACUCACGUAUUGUCAAAGUUAUCAUUGUCAUCGAUUGUCAUAACAAAAUUUUUCAGUUAAACCGCUGCGCUUGUUUGUUACAAUUUGAUUUAUAAUUAAUACCUAAACAGUAGAUUUCAUUGCUUAAUAAUAUAUCAAAAACCUUGUUCCUAUGUGUGGGAAUGAUUCACAAAAAUAAUAGUUCGAAUCCACGAAGACCUACGACGUGAAAGAUGGUGCCGUGAAUUAAACUUGGAAGAACCUACCCACUUCACGUGU